AUGUUUCUAAAGCUUAUGGAGAAAAAUGAAUUGACUUCCCACCUCCAUUCAUUUUGUAAGCAAGCUAAUAUUGCUUGCUCUACAAAUGCACUAGUGAAAAAGACAACAAAUGACACAACCUUACCACCAAUAGCCCAGUGGAAUGGUGUCAAAGAGAAAUAUGAUGAUCUUCCAAAUGAAACACCCCUAUCGGUUGCAAACCAAGGGGGAUUUCCUUAUUUCCGGGAGUCAAUGGUGAAACAAGGAAGUUUCAUGCCUAUCCCUGAUCUAAGGGACCCAAUGUCAUAUAAAUCAUUCUUACCGCGAUCUCUAAUGUCAAAUAUCCCAUUUUCCUUCGCAAGAAUCAAGGAAUUGAAAAAGCUUUUUGGGGUGGUGGAUGACUCUGACAUGGAUGAGUAUAUUCAGAACACCCUCAAGAUAUGUGAGAGACGCCCCAUUCGAGACGAGAAAUGCACUUGUGCAACUUCCAUAGAAGAUCUUAUUGACUUUGUUGUUGAGAAAUUAUGGCACCAUGUACACAUAUGGAGUACUGAAAGUGUCGAAGGAUCUUAUGAGAAUGUCACAAUUGGAUCUGUGAAACUCAUCCAUGGAAAUCUCUCUGAACCUCCAGUUUUAUGUCAUAGUAUGCCAUUCCUAUUUCAAGUUUAUUAUUGCCAUGUUUUCCAGAAAGUUAAAGUAUAUGCAGUUGAUAUAUUUGCUAGGAAGAAAGUGAAUCAUGUGAUCAUGGCAUGCCACUAUAAUACAUCAACUUGGAAUCCAAAUAAUAUUGCUUUUAAGCAGUUGGGUUUUGGACCAGGCAUAAUUGAAGUUUGUCAUUGGAUAAAUGAGAACGCAAUGGUCUGGGCAAAGGCUCUAAAUUGA